UUAAUUGUUUUAGAAGGAUUGCACUUUGCAUUAUACCACACCUCAGAUAAAGUCUUAAAUUUUGAAUAAAAAUAAUUAUAAUUACAUUACAUUGACAAUCACUGGCGCGCACCCUCUCAGCGCAGCGCAGAGGCUGUUGCAGGGUGACAGCAGCAGCGCCGGGGCAUUGGGGUUGCCAGCACUUGAGUGUAAUUCCGCGUGGGAGGAGGAUGGGUGGGUUUGAGAGUAGCCUUUUUCUCUUCACACGUUCUGCUGUGCGCACAGACUGAAGACAAAGCGCAGAGAGGAGUCCACCUCUCCAUGUGAUGCGCAGCCGGUCGGUGAGGGCGCAACAGUAAUCUCAGAUACUGUCCGUUGUAAUUUAUUGACGCUGCAUGGACAGUUAACCAAGUGCGCCUCUGUCUUUCGCGGGAGUCCACUUACUCAGUGCGCCCCCCGACCCCUACGUCCUCUCCAGCUUCAACAUUUGUGAAGUGGCUGCCUCACCCGGUCGGACCGGAGGCCGGCUGGUCUCUGAUCUGGUCUCCGGAGUCACCGGAGACUCGACGCGCUCCGUCAGGGCCAGGCUGUGCGGCUCCCGGAUCAGACCCGAGCCUCCCCGAGAUCUGGCGAUGGAGAUGAUGGAGGGAGACGUUAUGGACAAGCUAGAGGACGUGUCAUCGGUAUACGACUUCGACCCGAUCACCGGCAACAUCCCUGCCACCAAAGUAGAAAUCACCGUCUCCUGCAGAAAUCUGCUGGAUAAAGACACAUUCUCCAAGUCAGAUCCAUUGUGCGUGCUCUAUACGCAAGGUGUUGAAACCAAACAGUGGAGAGAGUUUGGCAGAACGGAGGUGAUAGAUAACACUCUAAACCCUGACUUUGUUCGAAAGUACAUCUUGGACUACUUUUUUGAGGAGAAGCAGAGCCUUCGCUUUGACUUGUAUGAUGUUGACUCCAAAAGCCCAGACCUGUCCAAACAUGACUUUUUGGGUCAGAUGUUCUGUACUCUAGGGGAGAUUGUUGGAUCACCAGCCAGCAGACUGGAGAAACCUCUGGGUGGGAUCCCAGGGAAGAAAUGUGGCACUAUCAUCUUGUCUGCAGAGGAGCUGAGCAAUUGUCGAGACAGUGCCACUAUGCAGUUCUGUGCCAACAAGCUAGACAAGAAGGACUUCUUUGGCAAGUCAGACCCUUUCAUGGUCUUCUACAGAAGCAAUGAGGAUGGAACGUUUACUAUCUGCCAUAAAACAGAGGUGGUGAAGAACACAUUAAAUCCAGUGUGGCAGCCUUUCACUAUCCCAGUAAGAGCGCUCUGCAAUGGAGACUACGACAGAACAAUCAAGGUGGAGGUGUACGAUUGGGACAGGGAUGGCAGCCACGACUUCAUUGGGGAUUUUACGACUAGCUACAGAGAGCUAGCUCGAGGGCAGAGUCAGUUCAAUGUGUACGAGGUGAUUAAUACCAAGAAGAAAAUGAAGAAAAAGAAAUAUGUCAACUCUGGAACAGUGACCCUGCUUUCGUUCUCAGUGGAGUCUGAGUUCACAUUCUUAGAUUACAUCAAAGGAGGGACGCAGAUCAAUUUCACAGUGGCCAUCGAUUUCACAGCAUCUAAUGGUAAUCCCUCCCAGUCCACUUCGCUGCACUACAUGAAUCCCUACCAGCUGAACGCCUACGCCAUGGCCCUGAAAGCUGUUGGGGAGAUCAUUCAGGACUACGACAGCGACAAGAUGUUCCCUGCUCUGGGCUUUGGAGCCAAACUGCCCCCUGAUGGACGGGUGUCACAUGAGUUUCCACUGAACGGAAACAUGGAAAAUCCGUACUGCAAUGGUAUUGAGGGCAUCUUAGAGGCAUACCACCAGAGUCUGAAGACAGUGCAGCUGUACGGGCCAACUAACUUCGCUCCUGUGGUGAAUCAUGUUGCCAGGUAUGCGGCUGCAGUGCAGGACGGCUCUCAGUACUUUGUGCUCCUCAUCAUCACAGAUGGCGUCAUUUCCGACAUGGCCCAGACCAAAGAGGCCAUUGUAAAUGGUGCCAAACUUCCCAUGUCCAUCAUCAUAGUUGGAGUGGGUCAGGCUGAGUUUGAUGCUAUGGUGGAGCUGGAUGGUGAUGACAUCAGGAUCUCGUCCCGGGGGAAACUGGCAGAGAGGGACAUUGUUCAGUUCGUUCCCUUCAGAGACUACAUGGACAGAACAGGCAACCACGUGUUAAGCAUGGCUCGGCUCGCUAAAGACGUGCUAGCAGAGAUCCCUGACCAGUUCAUCUCUUACAUGAAGAGCCGUGGGAUAAAACCCAACCCGGCGCCACCUCCCUACACACCACCCGGGCACACACACCACCACACACUGAUCUGAAGCCCUCCUUUCAUGGCUUUUUCGCUGAGGACUGACAGCAUGCAGCAGCCACUCAGUGUCCAGUGGGAACUCUCUACCUCCUGUUUUUGGUUCAAACAGGAGCUAACACACCAGGAAAUGGAUGUUGAAUUCUGUUCCGUAUCCUCCCAGUGACUAUUGGAGCAGCAUUUUGGUGGGUAAGGGGAGGGAGGGUGUUUUCUGUGGUAUGUUCAUUUGGCUAAUUUCUCUUAAAGAGAGGCUGCAAACUUUCCAGGACUCGUUAGUGAAAGCCUUUUAAUCGACACUGAGGCAGUGACUGUUUCUCGUCUGAUUUGACAGCAGGUUGGUUGAAAAAGGUCAUGUUGUGGUUAAAACUUGUGCCUGUCUGUGGUUGUUUCUCUAAGUGUAUCAGGACAUGUGAAAUUUGACCUAAACCUUGCUCGUCAGUCAUUGGUGUGGCCUAAUACAGUGAUAUUUUUUAGGCACCUUUUCCCUUCUGGAAUUAGUUUUUAUAUUUGGGGACUAUCUCCAUAUCUGCUACUGCAUCAGUUAUGAUGGAGAAAAACUGCAGGUGCAUAGUUUUUACAGUUUAUUACGUUGAACAUGAAUCAGGCUUUUCAUACCAUGAGGUGUCACAUCUUCUCCUCUUUAUUAAGUAAAUGUUUAUAAGAGCAUGUUGUAUGUUCCCCAUAUCCCAGAGUAUUUAUUCUCAAAUGUUAUUCAGAGUGGCAUGGGCAUUUGAUAGAUCUGUUUUGAAUAAUGUAAACUUUAUCCGUUUUGAAGUGUUCACCAAUUAUUAUUAAGUGAUUGCAUAUUAAAAGCACAAGACAACCUGUCUCUAUACCAAG